CUUAUUGUUCAGCUACAUCAUGGUGGACGAGUCCAAUAGCGCCAUCGUUGUGCGUGAAGCCAACGGGCAGCGCCCGACGCUGUCACAAGAGAAUAUUUCCAUUCCUUCUCCUACAGCAAACCAGGUCCUCGUGAAGCUAUCGCACGCGGCGCAGAACCCAACGGAUAUACAAGCCUAUGACAGUAACGCCUUUGGUGAUGGGGCCGUCCUAGGCUGCGAUUUUGUGGGAGAAGUCGUCGAGUUGGGCAGCCGGGUCACGCGCCUCGCCAAGGGCGAUAUUGUAGCUGGCUUAGUUUGGGGAGGUGAAAUUCCCGGUUUGGGCGCAUACAGUCAGUAUUGCGUGGCAGAUGAACGGAUAUCCUUUCGCCUACCUCAUUCAAUCUCGCGCGAGCAGGCUAGCACGGUUCCAUUGGCCGCCACUACUGCAUGGCUUGCGUUGUUUUCUAAGGACUGUCUCGGCAUUGAUAGGGCUCAAGCUAAUGGUACCAGCAUUCUGAUCUGGGGCGGUAGCUCAAGCGUGGGCCAGUAUGCUAUCCAGCUCGCCACAAUAUAUGGUAUGAACGUAGUCACGACCUGCAAUCCAAAGCAUUUUGGCCUUGCCCGUUCGUACGGCGCCAAGUAUGUUUUUGACUACAAGGAUCACCAAGUAGUCCAGAGGAUCCAAGAACUGAAGCUAGGUAUCCAACAUGUUUUUGACACGAUCGGGAAUUCCACUUCAUCAGCUGCCGCCUCCCGUGUCUUUUCCACGGGAUCCAGUCAUCUCUGCACUGUACGCCCGGGCAAGUCCAAUACUGAAGACGUUUCUUCCGACACCAAGGUUACAGACGUGCUGGUGUGGACUGCCUUCUUGAAAGACCAUAGCUACGGCGACUUCAAGUGGACCGCUUCCAAAGACGAUCACGAUCUUGCAAGUGAUCUUUUCGAGAAACUCCCCGAAUGGUUGGAAAAUAAAACCGUCAAGCCAAACCAGCCAAGAAUCUUGAAAGGACUGCACAGCGUGCUUGAGGGAUUCCAGGAAUACAGAGAAGGGAAGGUUUCGGCCUACAAGAUUGUCUACGAACUAUGA